UAGAGCGUCAGGGAUCUGGAACGGCGGACACUGGAGAGGUGGCACCCCAGCGAGGGCCACCAUGGGCGACCAGAGGCCGCAGGACCGGCCGAGUUCCCCGGGCAUGGACUCCACGCCCUGGUACUGUGACAAACCGCCUUCCAAGUACUUCGCGAAGCGCAAGCACAGGCGCCUGAGGUUCCCGCCUGUGGACACCCAGAACUGGGUAUUUGUGAAGGAGGGCAUGGACGACUCCCGCUACGGCUGUCCGUCUCCCGAAGAUACGCUCGUUUGUCGCCGUGACGAGUUUUUACUCCCCAAAAUAUCUCUCAGAGGUCCCCAAGCUGACCCCAAAAGCAGGAAGAAAAAGCUGCUCAAGAAAGCGGCCCUAUUUUCCGAGCUCUCGCCAGCACAGCCAACACGGAAGGCGUUCGUAGAGGAAGUGGAAGCCCAGCUGAUGGCCAAGCAUCCCUUGGCCAUGUACCCCAAUCUGGGAGAAGAUAUGCCUCCAGAUCUCCUACUACAGGUACUGAAACCGCUGGACCCUGAGAGGAAGCUGGAGGACGCAGGCUCUUGUGAGGGCCAGGAGAAGACAACCGACGAACCCACGGAGCCUGGUAAAUACCCCUGUGGGGAAUUCUCCCCUCGGCCUCCCGAGACUCGGGUGUCCUGUCUCCGCCCGGAGCCUCCCAAGACUCCGGUGUCCAGUCUCCACCCGGAGCCUCCGGAGACUGGAGUGUCCCAUCUCCGCCCAGAGCCUCCCAAGACUCAGGUGUCCAGUCUCCACGUGGAGCCUCCCGAGACUGGAGUGUCCCAUCUCUACCCGGAGCCUUCUGGGACUGGAGUGUCCCAUCUCCACCCAGAGCUUCCCAAGCCUCGGGUGUCCAGUCUCCACCCGGAGCCUCCCAAGACUCAUCGAGUGUCCAGUCUCCGCCUGGAGCCUCCCAAGACUCGUCGGGUGUCCAGUCUCUGCCCGGAGCCUACCAAGACCGGAGCGUCCCAUCUAAAAGAACUGUUUCAGGAAGGUACAUCAAGCACAGUGGAGUGUGUUUCUGACUCUCUUCAACGUAGACACACAUCGAGAAAACUCCGUGACUUCAAGUGGGCUGGAGACCUAGGAGUUGAUGAAGAAUCCAUCAGCAGUUUGUUUGACUUUACCCCUGAGUGCAGAGCAACCUAUCAAGACCAAAAGAAUAAGAAGGCAAACGAGUGUUCCUCAGGGCUGAAGUACAGCAUGGAGCUAGACGAAAUGGAUGAGGUCAAAUUCUUCUCACAGGAAAAAGACUUGGACGGGAAAAUCCAGACUGCACCAAAUUCUCAUAGUGCACAGCAUGUGAAGAUGGGGUAUGGAGCAUGGUACCUCAAGCCUAAGUUGGGGAAAAAGCUAAGAAGUGAUGAACCUUUGAUUGACCCAAAGCUCGUACUUGAAAAGCCUGAUGAACCCGACAUUCUUGACGGUCUUUAUGGACCAAUCGCCUUUAAGGAUUUCAUUCUAAGCAAGGGCUAUGAAAUGCCUGGCAUCAUUCAAAGGCUGUUUGCCAGGAGGGGAUGGACUUACGACUCUGUUAAGACUCCUAUUCAACGUGCAAUGCAAGUUUACAAGUACAAAGAAGACGUCACAGAUGCAUCGGAAGAAGAUUAGAUGGUUUUCAAUUUACUACUUAAUUGGGUAUUUCUUGCUCUCAUUUUAAACAUCAGUCAGAAUUUAUGAUGACUGGCCCCGUGAAUGUACAACAUUGGCAACAUCUGUAAAUUCAAUACCUAAUGUUUAUAAAUAUUUCUUAAUGA